UAGCAACAACAGACACAAUUUGCUGUUCUCGGGUGUGAGUUGGGGGACGGACAGGAAGCGGAAACUAGCAAAGAUUAUUAUUUUUUUUGCGUUCUUGUGCAAGCUAACUGGCUUAGCAACAACCAGCUAUAAAGGUCUAGUUGCAACCAUGGAAUCCGGAAAUACAGGAGGGAGAGGAGGCUGGAACAACAAAUUCCGGCCACCUCAGAAGAGCAGGAUGAGUGUGAACAUUCUGAGACAGGAAGAACUGAUUGCUCAGAAGAAGCGUGAGAUCGAAGCUAAGAUGGCAGAACAGGCCAAGAACAAGAGCCUUCAGACUCACAACAAGCCACAAACACGAAGUUUACCUAGUUCUCAGGGACCCUCUCCGAACAACAACAAGUAUGUGAAUGACGGUAGCUUCUUACAACAGUUUAUGAAGCUCCAGAAGGACAAACCCAGCUCUGACUCUGGCUCCAACAGUGAUGGCAAAGACCCAUCCUCAUCCACCUCCAGUCCGGCAUCGGGAGCAUCUCAGCCCCAGAAGAAGAGCAUUCUCAUUGGCAAGCGUCCUGGGUUAGGCAUCAGCAGCAUGCUCAACCAGUUUAAGAACUACUCACAGUCCAAGAAGACCUUGCUGUGUCCUCAAAGGCCUAGCAUAUUCAGCUCCCCCGACGACGAUGACGACGACGACGAGGAGGUUGACGAUUCAAGCUUCCUAGAAAUCAAAGUCUCUCCCCCAGAGGACCCAGACACGCGACUCAUCCUGGACAAGAUGGCGGCCUUUGUUGCUGAGGGAGGGCCUGAGCUGGAGAGGAAGGCCAAGGAGGACUACAAGGACAACCCUGUUUUCUCAUUCUUAUAUGAUAAGAACAGCCGGGACUAUCUCUAUUACCGAAAGAGAGUUGCUGAACUACGAACACAUAACCCAAAACCUGAGACGCCAUCACGUUCUAAAGUCUCCCCCCCAGUGGACGAGGAGACCCAGAGGGUGGCUGAGAAGCUGGCCAGGUUUGUGGCUGACGGUGGCCCCGAGGUGGAAGCCAUCGCCGCCCAGCACAAUGGGGACAACCCCGCCUUCAGUUUUCUGUAUGACCUCCAAAGCCCUGCCCACAGUUUCUACAAGGAGAAGGUUGAGGAGUAUCGUCGGGCCAAAAAUGCCCAGAACCCCAUCACCACAAUCAAACAGGAACCCGGGGUAGGAGUUAAUAGACCAGCUGCCCCUCCCCUGACAUGUCCUCCCCCUCCUCCGCCUCCUCACUACCCCCACCUGGUUGGUCAAGUGAAGCUUGAACCGGGUUUGGAGAUAAAACAGGAAGCAGCUACGCCCCCUGUUACGAAGAGGAAGAGGAAGAGCCGCUGGGGGUCAGAGGAUGACAAGGUGGACCUGCCGCUGCCACCUAUUAUCAUCCCCAAGGAGGAGGAGCCAGAGCCCAGCCCGUGUCUUUCUGCCAAUGAUCUGAGAGAUCUGGGCUAUAAGAAAGGCAAGCCUGUGGGCCUGGUGGGAGUGACUGAGCUCUCAGACGACCAGAAGAAACAGCUCAAAGAGCAACAGGAGAUGCAGGAGAUGUUCGACAUGAUUAUGAAGCACAAGCGUGCCAUGGCAGAGAUGCAGGUGAUGUGGGAGAAGGCGGUACGGGACCACUCCCACGAGUAUGACAGCGACGAGGAGGUGGACCAGGAGGCCGGCACAUGGGAGCACCGCCUCCGGCAGAUGGAGAUGGAGAAAACACGUGAAUGGGCAGAGUCACUGACUGACAUGGGAAAGGGAAAGCACUUUAUCGGUGACUUCCUACCUCCAGAAGAGCUGGAGAAGUUUAUGGAGACCUUUAAGGCACUCAAGGAGGGCCGUGAUCCUGACUACUCGGAGUAUAAAGAGUUUAAGUUGACAGUGGAGAACCUCGGUUUCCAGAUGCUCAUGAAGAUGGGUUGGAAGGAAGGCGAUGGUCUGGGCUCUGCUGGACAGGGAAUCAAGGCUCCGGUCCAUAGAGGAAUCACGGCGGUUGACGGGGCAGGGUUCGGGGUGGACCGACCCGCCGAGCUUUCAGGACAGGAUGAUGAGUAUGAUGCUUUCAGAAAGAGGAUGAUGCUAGCCUACCGCUUCAGGCCAAAUCCACUGAAUAAUCCAAGGAGACCAUACUACUGAAACUGGGAGACUUUGUUCACCUUACUUUUUGAAACCACCAACAUGGGCAUAUUAUGAUGGCACAGUUAUUCCUGUUUCUCUGUUGUGAAAACAGACUUCAGGACACUGUUAACAUAGACCCCUCUAGAUUGGGUGGAAUUGGUUGUUGACAAAUUGUUUUGGAAGGAGAAUAUUUGUCUGAUCCAAUUUAAGUUUUCCAAGAGUCAGUUGAUAUUCUUACUGAACUGCAACAUCAAAGUAUCCUAUUUAAUAAAUCUGACGGCUAGGGCUGAAUAGUAGCGUUUCAUGAUUGGAUCGUACUGUCAUGUCUCAAAACACAGUGUAACCUAUAACUUUACCUGUCCUCCCUGUAUUGUGAUAUCUGUCUUGGUUUAGAUUUACAUUUUUAAUUUCAGUUUCUUUACAUGUUCAAGAUGUUCUUUGACAAUGGCAGUAACCAAAAACAUAAUUUGACUAUUACAUGGCUGUAGUUUGUACUUUUAGUACAUGGUUUUGCUAUGUUUGCUUUACCACCGUUCCAAUAUUUUACAAUGUAAACAUCUUUCUAUAUCGUAAAGGCAAGCAACAAAUGUAAAAUGCUUCACUGCAAACAAUAAACAUAAAUUGUCUUGAA